GUCUCAGCCUCUCCCCUCCUCGUUCAAGGCUUCUGCCUCCCCGUCUCCCCACUGCCAACUCCUCUUCUGGUCACUCACCCCUCCAGGCCACCAUGUCGGCCCAGGACAGCUGCCUCAGCCUCAUCAAGUACCUCCUCUUCGUUUUCAACCUCUUCUUUUUCGUCCUAGGCAGCCUGAUUUUCUGCUUCGGGAUCUGGAUACUCGUGGACAAGACCAGCUUCGUGUCAUUUGUGGGCUUGUCCUUCAUGCCCCUGCAGAUCUGGUCCAAGGCGCUGGCCAUCUCAGGGGUCCUCACCAUGGGCCUGGCCCUGCUGGGCUGCGUGGGGGCCCUGAAGGAGCUGCGCUGCCUCCUAGGCCUGUAUUUUGGGAUGCUGCUGCUCCUGUUUGUCACCCAGAUCACCCUGGGGAUCCUCAUCUCCACUCAGAAGAUCCGGCUGGAGCGGAAGGUGAAGGACCUCGUGCAGGAGACGAUCCAAAACUACCGCUCGGACCCGGAGAAGUCCGCGGCGGAGGAGAGCUGGGACUACGUGCAGUUCCAGCUGCGCUGCUGCGGCUGGAACUCUCCUCAGGACUGGUUCCGCGUCCCCAGCUUGAGCAGCAACAAGUCGGAGUUCCAAGUGCCCUGCUCCUGCUCUAACUCA